UGACUGCAAUCGCAGUAUGAAAGGCGAAGUUUGUCACCGUUGGUUUACUGUCCGACGAGGCUGGGGAAGCGAAUGCAAGGGUUUGGGGCAGAUUACAGAGGCAUUGAGCCACCCGGUGGCUCACGGAGAGGAGGGUUCUCUGCUGCCGGGACACGCACACGGGGCUGGCUGUGAGCGAUGGAGCCCAUCUACACGCACGGUAUCCAAGUGGCUGAACGUUUGCAGCAAACUCUCGGCGGCUUUGAGAAGAGUUUGCUCUUCAUGACUUGGAUCGGUGACCCGAGAGCAUCUUUUUUUAUUUACUUCCCUAUAACGUACUUUCUCAACAGAAAGAUCGGGAUCUCAGUCUUGUGGAUCACUGCACUUACUGAAUGGUUAAACUUAGUAUUUAAAUCGAUUCUGUUUGGUGAGCGUCCGUUCUGGUGGAUUCAUGAGUCGGGGGUCUAUGAUGAGCACCAGAUGCCCAAGUUGAAGCAAUUUUUCUGCUCCUGUGAAACUGGCCCAGGCAGUCCUUCCGGCCAUGCGAUGAUCACGGGUGCAGCAUGGUGGCUUAUAAUGACCAGUCUUUCCACAUGCAUUUUCAAUCGCACUAGAAGCUCGCUGGCAAAGAACAUUCCUGUAGUAUUGUACAUCGUUCUGCUGCUGGCAAUCGGCAUCUCCAGAAUAUUUAUUUUGGCACAUUUUCCUCAUCAAGUGGUUGCUGGAAUAAUUACAGGUGCUGUACUUGGUUUUCUGCUGGGCCAAUACAUACCCGAGAAUAUCAAAUUCAUCCAAUAUGUUGUGACCUCAAUCUUGUUGCUGCUCAGUGGUAUGUGCCUGUACUGGGGAUUGCAUUACUUUGGUGUAAACGUUUCUUGGACAAUUUUACUUGCUACCAAGUGGUGUGCCAGGCCUGAAUGGAUCCGACUAGACACGGCACCAUUCUCUUCACUGAACCGGGAUGCAGGGACAAUCCUCGGACUUGGCAUCGGACUCUGCUCACCAUUAUACACCAGCACACAGGGGUGGAAGAUGACGUGGAAGGUGAAAGCUGUCUGCAUUGCACUCUCUGUGCUCAUCAUUGAGAUAAUGGAUCGGGUUCCACUGCCCAAGUACUCCACCAUCCUGUUUUAUGCCCUGUUCUACCUGAAGAAUGCAUUUGUUCCUAUUUUGGUGACUGCUAUUAUCCCCUGGCUAGUCCAUUCCAUUUUUCUAAUUCAGCCAACUCGGAAACAAAAGUAACUUUAAAUUAAAUAGUUAUUUAAAAAUGGUUGAGCCAUCUCCUGACACACCACCAAUACUAAUUCACCUCCCAAUGCCUCCUUCGUAUUGAGUGCUAAUCUGAAUCAAGGGCAAACAAUUCAGAGUUUGGAUGUCAAAACAGAAGAAGGUCUGAAGAAGGAUUCCAACCCAAAAUGUUACCUAUCCAUGUUCUCCAGAUAUGCUGCCUGACCUGCUGAAUUACUCCAGCACUGUGUCCUUUAAAAAAAAAAUGUUUGGAUGUUCUUGCAUUAACCAAUACUGUUUGGGGGCAUUAGUUAUAGAUGUUUCUAACUUACAGCUGUCCUUUCAAUAGAUUAAAUAUCUAGAGAAGCAUCUACUUCCCAUAAUUACGGCAAGGACAAUGUAGACUAAAGGGUCUGUUCUUCAGCUGCACUGUUCCGUGUAUGGUGUAUCAACUUCGUUUACAAAGAUAUUGGUCACUAAUGCUACCGUGUAAAUUUUCCCACUGUAUUGUCAAUCUAGUAGCGAAGACAAUCAUAUGUCCACAUUUAAAUUUAAAAUGUUACUGCCAAAUAAGACCUCUCUGGAUUUUUGGUUACUUUAUCCCAUUCUUCUAGCUUCUGCUCAUGUCUUCAUUUUUGUUAGGAAUAAGAUGAUUAUUGAAUCAAAACAGAACUAAGUUAGGAAUAGACCACAUAGCUCCUCAAGCGUACAGUACCAUUCAAUAAAAUCACGCAGAUCUGAUUGUAGCCUUAGCUCUGCAUUCCAAUGUACCAGUGGUAACAUUUCACUCACUUGCUUAUCUAACUAACACUGCCCUCAAAUUAUUCAACGGCACUGCCUCCAAUAUCCUUUCAGAAAAAAGAGUUCAAAAGAUCCACAACCCAAAGAGAAUGAAAAAAAAAACACUUAUUGGGGGCGGCACAGUGGCGCAGCUGGUAGAGCUGCUGCCUCACAAAAUGUCUCUGUGAUGGACGGUCUACAUCUACUUCCCUCUGCAAUUUCUAGGGCAGAGCUGUUCCCAAACCAAUGGUGAUGCUACCUGACAGUAUGCUUUCUAUAGACGUCGUCAAGCUAGUCCCCCAACUUUUAUAUUAAUUUCCCUCAACAAUAAAAAAUAAUAACCUUUCCAAAUGAUUUGCUGUAUCUGCAUAUCCAUCCUUUGUGAAUCAUAUUCUAGAAUACUCAGUCCCCGUUGCUUCUUUAGUUUCUUAUUACUUAGAUAAACGUGUUUACAUUUUCCCAGCCAAAAUUGACAAUUUUCCACUUUCCCACAUUCUAAUCCAUGUGCCAGAUUUUUGGUCCACUUAUUAAACCAGUCUAUAUCCCUUAUGCUCUCUUCACAUAUUACUUUCUGACGUAACUUUGUAUAAAUGGUAGAUUAAACAUUCAUACUUCAAAACUUGCCUUUAUCCAAGUCAUUAAUAAACCAGGAUGAAUAGCAGAGGUGCACCAGUUGUUGUCUCUUUAAAGUAUAGUAUGUCCACCAAUAUCCACCAAAUGUUUUCCUCGUCAACUAAUACAUUGGUCAAACAUGGUUUCCCAUUCACAAAACCCCAUUGACUUUACUUUUAUAAAGCUUCUAACAUUUGCCUUAUAACAGAUAUGAAGCUGCCUCACCUGUAACUUUCUGUUUUCCCCCUCACUUUUUGAAGUGCAUUCGAGUUACAUUUGCAAGUCUCCCGUCCGCACGUGGAUUUGAAUCAUUGAAUAUGAUUGGGAAAUUAAAUAUUGGUUACCAUAGUAUUGUUUUGUGCAAAGUACUGUAUUAAAAUCCACUCUUUUAGAAGUUAGUUUUCUAAUCACUCAUAUUUUAUUUUAUUUAUUUUGCGUGAUUGGACUUUGUGGUUAAUAUGUUUUUCUCAUUGUAAUUUAAGUGUAUUACUAUAAUUCUACCUGCGAAACAAAUUGUUGAAGAAUAUUAAAAACGACUUGAAAGGAAAAUAAUGAAAU